AUGCCGGCUGCGUCACCGCUUCUCUUGUAUGAACCGUCAUAUCUAGAUGCCACGAAAGCAGCCCUGCCUCAGGCUGGGUUGCGACCAUGGCAAAGUCUAUCAAGUCGACCGAGCCCAGCAGCUGACGGAAGCCAGCAUCAGCAGGAGCAUUUGUUCAAACAGUCCUUUUCAAGGCUAACUUCUGAAAGUCAUCCGAUCACCACUCUUCGAGGCUCCACUCACUUCACUCUCUGCUACUGCCUUCCCUCUGAGACGCCAGCUCAUUCCUGCAGCUUCCAGCACUCCUGCAGCAUCCAGCACCCCUGCAGCUUACAGCUCACUCCUGCAGAUUCCAGCAAUCCUGCAGCCUCCAGCUCACUCCUGCAGCAUCCAGCACUCCUGAAGCUUCCAGCACUCGAGCAGCCUCCAGCUCAUUCCUGCAGCUUCCAGCAUUCCUGCAGCCUCCAGCACUCCCGCAGCCUCCAGCUCACACCUGCAGCUUCCAAUACACUCCUGCAGCCUCCAGCUCACUCCUGCAGCUUCCAGCACUCCUGCAGCCUCAAGCUCACUCCUGCAGCUUCCAGCAUUCCUGCAGCCUCCAGCACUCCCGCAGCCUCCAGCUCACCUGCAGCUUCCAAUACACUCCUGCAGCCUCCAGCUCACUCCUGCAGCUUCCAGCACUCCUGCAGCCUCAAGCUCACUCCUGCAGCUUCCAGCAUUACUGCAGCCUCCAGCUCAUUCCUGCAGCUUCCAGCACUCUUGCAGCCUUCAGCUCACUCCUGCAGCUUCCAGCUCAUUACUGCAGCUUGCAGAACUCUUGCAGCUUCCAGCAGUCCUGCAGCCUCGAGCUCACUCCUGCAGCUUCCAAUACAUUCCUGCAGACUCCAGCUCACUCCUGCAGCUUCCAGCUCACUGCUGCAGCUUCCAGCACUCCUGCAGCCGCCAGGUCACUCCUGCAGCUUCCAGCUCAUUCCUGCAGCUUCCAGCUCACUCCUGCAGAUUGCAGCACUCCUGCAGCCUCCAGCUCACUCCUGCAGCUUCCAGCACACUUGCAGCUUCCAGCUCAGUCCUGCAGCUUCCAGCACUCAUGCAUGUCCAGCUCAUUCCUGCAGCUUCCAGCAAUCCUGCAGCCUCCAGCUCACUCCUGCAGAUUCCUGCUCACUCCUGCAGAUUCCAGCACUUGCAGCUUCCAGAACUUUUGCAGCCUCCAGCUCACACCUGCAGCUUCCAACACACUUGCAGCUUCCAGCUCACUCCUGCAGCUUCCAGCACUCAUGCAGGUCCAGCUCAUUCCUGCAGCUUCCAGCACUCCUGCAGCCUCAAACUCACUCCUGCAGCUUGCACCUGCAGCUUCCAGCUCACUCCUGCAGCCUCGCGCUCAUUCCUGCAGCUUCCAGCACUCUUGCAGCUUCCAGAACUCCUGUAGCCUCCAGCACACUCCUGCAGCUUCCAGCACUCGAGCAGCCUCCAGCUCACUCCUGCAGCUUCCAGCACUCCUUCAGCCUCCAGCUCACUCCUGCAGCUUCCAGCACUCCUGCAGCUUCCAGAACUCCUGCAGCCUCCAGCUCACUCCUGCAGCUUCCAGCACUCAUGCAGCUUCCAGCACAUGCCUGCAGCUUCCAGCACAUGCCUGCAGCUUCAAGCCCUCUUGCAGCUUCCAGCACUCCUGCAGCCUCCAGCUCUCUCCUGCAGCUUCCAGCACUCCUGCAGCCUCCAGCUCAUUCCUGCAGCUUCCAACACACUUGCAGCUUCCAGCACUGCUGCAGUUUCCAGCUCACUCCUGCAGCUUCCAGCACUCCUGCAGCCUCCAGCUCACUACUGCAGCCUCGUGCUCACUCCUGCAGCUUCCAGCACUCUUGCAGCUUCCAGCAAUCCUGCAGCCUCCAGCUCACUCCUGCAGCUUCCAGCACUCCUGCAGCUUCCAGCACCCCUGCGGCCACCAGCUUCCAGCACUCCUUCAGCCUCCAGCUCACUCCUGCAGCUUCCAGCACUACUGCGGCUUCCAGCACUCCUGCAGCUUCCCGCAUUUCUGCAGGUUACAGCACUCGAGCAGGCUCCAGCUCACUCCUGAAGCUUCCAGCAAUCCUGCAGCUUCCAGCACACCUGCAGCCUCCAGCUCACUCCUGCAGAUUGAAGCAUUCCUCCAGCCUCCAGCUCACUCCUGCAGCUUCCAGCACACUUCAGAUUCCAGCACUCCUGCAGCCUCCAGCUCACUCCUGCAGCUUCCAGUACACUUGCAGCUUCCAGCUCACUCCUGCAGCUUCCAGCACUCCUGCAGGUCCAGCUCAUUCCUGCAGCUUCCAGCAUUUUGCAGCCUCCAGCUCACUCCUGCAGCUUCCAGCAUUUCUGCAGCUUACAGCACUCGAGCAGGCUCCAGCUCACUCCUGCAGCUUCCAGCACUCCUGCAGCCUCCAGCUCCUCCUGCAGCUUCCAGCACACUUGCAGCUUCCAACUCACUCCUGCAGCUUCCAGCACUCAUGCAUGUCCAGCUCAUUCCUGCAGCUUCCUGCAUUCCUUCAGCCUCCAGCUCACCCCUGCAGCUUCCAGCACACUUGCAGCUUCCAGCUCACUCCUGCAGAUUCCAGCACUCCUGCAGGUCCAGCUCAUUCCUCCAGCUUCCAGCACUCCUGCAGCCUCAAUCUCACUCCUGCAGCCUCCAGCACUCCUGCAGCUUCCAGCACUCCUGCAGCCUCCAACACACUCCUGCAGCUUUCUGCUCACUCCUGCAGCCUCGAGCUCACUCCUGCAGCUUCCAAGAGUGUUGCAGCCUCCAGCUCACUCCUGCAGCUUCCAGCACUGCUGCAGCUUCCAGCUCACUCCUGCAGCUUCCAGCACUCCUUCAGCCUCCAGCUCACUCCUGCAGCUUCCAAUUUCUACGAUAUAGUUACCUAUCUAUCUAUCUAUCUAUCUAUCUAUCUAUCUAUCUAUCUAUCUAUCUAUCUAUCUAUACGAUUCCUUCGCUACAUAAGGCUUCUCAUCUGUGAGAGAGUCGUUCACGGUCGCCGGACAGCCGUAAUGCGCCUCAGAUGGUAUGUUCGUAGUUGUUGUUGGCCGGCCUUCGUUCGCCGGACGGCCGUAAUUCGCCUUGGAAUGCAAAUGCGUAAUUCCGUCGAUAGCCUUUGUUCGCCGUCGCCGGGCGCCCGUAAUGCGCCUUGGAAGGCAAAUGCGCAAGUCCAUCGGCGGUCUUCGUUCGCCGUCGCCGGACGCCCGUAA